AUGUUACAAAACAUUACUUUCACUAAUGGACAAAUGGUUAUACCAAUGAAGGCAGAGGAUUCAUGUGUACCAUCAAUAAUUAGUGUUCGUUGUCAACAGAAUUAUGUUGUUGUUGUUGUUGUUCGAAGUGCUUUUUACGGUGUUGCACAAAUAGCUGAUUCAUGUAGCUAUACAACAGGUGAUUGUAUUGCUGAUGCAAUGAGUAUAGUAACAUGUACAGUAGAUACUCUUCAAUGUAACAUGUAUGCAGCAAGAAAAAAGCUACCGCAAUGUAAUGAUCAAUAUAGUAGUUACAUUCAUGUUGAAUAUGAGUGUGUACCCAUAUCAAUGGAUGAUUCAACGAAAGAAUAUAAUGUUUGUCAAAAUAGUACAGAAAUAACAAGUGAUCAUGGAAUAAUACGAAGUCCCGGGUAUCCAACACAAUUUCAAACAACAACAAGCGAAUGUUUUCGUGCAAUACGUGUACCAAAUGAUAAAAUAAUUCGUCUAUGGUUAACUGAGCUAUACAUUGGUUCAACGUUGGGAACUUGUGCUAAAGAUCAUGUCUAUGUUGUUGAUAGUGUCCAAACAUAUCGACAUUGUGCUCGAGUGCGAUAUGCUUAUCCAUAUUUAUGUUCAUCGACAAUUAUUAUUCAAUAUUAUGUUACAACACAAUUAUCAAUCUAUCAUGGAAUGAGAAUGUAUUUCGAAAUAGUUGAUCGACCUUCAAAUGAUAAUUGUCCAAAUAUAGAUGGAACAGUAACACCUGUACUAUCUACACCACCAACAGUAACAACUAUAAAUCCAAGUCAAACUACAGCUGUGCCUGCUUAUGUUUUACUUGGUAUUGCAUCACCUGUUCGAAGUUUUCAAAUUUGUCGAGGUCAAUCAUUUAACAUUGUAUGUCCAGAUAAUUAUGGUGUAAUUAUUACUACAAAUAUAUUUGGUGUUACUCAAUCUGAUCAAUGUGAACAACAUGAUGCAUCGAAACAUUGUGUUAUUACAACAGCUCCAACAUUUGCAUGUCGUCGAAGUUGUACGUUUUUCUAUCCAGGAAACCAAGUUGUUUCAUCAUGUGGUGGUAGAACUGCUGUUUAUCAAUAUAUUGAAUAUCAAUGUAUACCAACAAAUACUGAACUUGUUUCACCAAAUACUUCAUGUCCAUCAGAUGGAUCGAAAAUUCCAGUACUAAUUAAUCGUCGUGGUCGUUUUCAAACAUAUGGUUAUCCAAGUUUUACAAAAAUGAAUUGCACUUACCGAAUGAAAACUAAUGUAGGUUAUAUUAUGAAUUUUUAUGCACUUGACAUUAGUUUAAAUGAUUUUUCAACUGAAUGUAAAUCAAAUAAAAUAACAUUUCUUGAAGAUGGUGAAAGUGAAGGUACAGAUUUUUGUGAAGAACGUUCUUAUAGUUUAAUUUAUUCAAGUUGUUCAAAUGAACUUGAUGUAAGUUAUACUGCUAAUGAUGAAACAACAUUUUUUUCUUCUGGUGCUCAAUUAUAUAUUGAAAGUCAAACACGUCCAUCUGAUUGGGCUUGUGGUAAAUCUGUAAUAACAUCAUCUCAAACAACUAUUCCAACAACACCAUUUAUAACACAAACAGCAGUAGCUUUAACAAAUGAAACCAACAUGUUUGCACGUGAUGAAAUAGAACAUGAUAUCUGUUUUAGUAGUUCAUUAAGUUAUAGUUGUCCAUCUGGUUAUACAUUCAUAAUAUUAGGUGCUUUUUAUGGUGUUAAAAAACAAUCAUCAAAUCAAUGUAGAUUUGUUCAAGGUGAUUGUGUACAAGAAACAUUAUCAACAAUAACACAAUGUCGAACUGAUGCACCUGCUUGUUUUAUAUCAUAUUCAAUGAGACGUCGACUUGCACGUUGUUCAGAUCAAUAUGCUGAUUAUUUACAUGUAACUAGCCAAUGUGUACCACAGUGGCUUGGAACUGUAUCAAAUAUAACAACAUAUGAUAUCUGUGAUACAAAUAAUCCUAUUGCAAGUAUACAUGGAAUUGUUACUAGUCCAAAUUUUCCAACUUAUAAACAAACAAAUAAUGAAUGUAGAAGAACACUUUUGGGUAUAACAGAUAGAAUAGCAAAAAUUUGGAUUAAUGAAAUGGCUAUAUCAAGUGGUGAACAACGUCGCUCAGAUGAAUAUUCGAAUGAACCUGAUUUAGUUAUUUCUAAAAAUGAUGAUACAAAUAAUUUAGAUGAUAUAGAACGAAUGUAUUCAUCUAUUCGUGAUACUUGUGUCAAUGAUUAUUUAAUAAUAAAUGCUCCACAUGUAGUUUAUGUUUAUUGUGGUAUACGUAAAUUAUCUAUUGCUCCAAUUUGUGCUACAACUCUAGAUAUUCAAUAUAAAGCAACAUCAUCACCAAACUUUUCUUAUAAAGGUUUUAAAUUGUAUUUUGAACGGAUUUCAAAACCAAUGGAAAUAAUCUGUGAUAAUCCAUUACCAUCAACAACAACACCUAUUAAUGAACAAAUACCAAUUUGGGCACAAAAUUUAGAACUUUCACCAAUACUUUCAGUGCAUAUUUGUCUUGGAGCAGCAAUAACUUUACGGUGUCCUCGUGGUUCUGAUUAUGUUCUGUCUAUCAUUAAAUCAAUUUAUACUACAACAGGUACAAGUCAAUGUGAAAUUCCAUCAUCAACUCAUUGUCGCCAAGAAGCUUCACUUGGUUUAACAUGUACACAAUCAUGUUUUAUUGAAUAUAAUAUUCCAAAACCACUUGUUCAAUGUGGAUUACUAAAUGCUGAUUAUCUUUACAUAGAUUAUGAAUGUAUACCAACACGUUUACCAAAUAAUGAAAAUCCAAUUGAUAUAUGUCAAUCAACAACAGAUACGAUUGCACUCGAUAGAGUUAUGAUGGUUAGUCCACAAUAUCCCACAUUACAUGCAAUUGGACGUAGUUGUUUAAAAAGACUUGAAGCAUCAAAAAAUAAACUAUGGAUGAUUUAUAUAGUUGAUCUACAUUUGGAAGUCGGGCUAAUCGAUAAUCCUGAAUGUGAUAGAGCAUCAUUAACUAUUAACGAUGGAAAAGAUAAACGUGUACUUUGUGGUUUACGACAACCUGAAUUAGUUUUAAUUGGUUGUUCCAAUAUAACAUGUACAUCGGAUGGAUUUACAACAACAGCAACAACAACAGCAACAACAACAACAACAAUAGCAACAACAGCAGCAACAACAACAACAAUAGCAACAGCAACAACAACAAUAGCAACAACAGCAGCAACAACAACAAUAGCAACAACAGCAACAACAACAACAAUAAUAGCAACAGCAGCAGCAACAACAACAGCAACAACAACAUUAUGGACAACACCUUUUGGUACUGGUGCAGUAAGUACAUCUAAUCAGCAAACAUUUACGUGUGGUCAACAACCCUUAUUAUUAGAAUGUGAUCAAUCUGGAUAUGGUCUUAUUUUACAUAAAGUACAACUUGGUGCAAGUCAAACUGGUGAUUGUACUUUUUCUUCGAAUGAUUGUGUUGAAGAUCGUACUAAAAUUUAUAAUACUUGUGCUGGUAAAACAUUAUGUUAUAUAUCUACAUCUGCACAAUCUAUGAAAUCAUGUAAUGGCACUAAAUCAAAUUAUGUAUAUGUUGAAUAUCAAUGUAUUCCAACACGUCCAAAACUUAUAAGUGAUAUAUGUUCAUCAACAGAUUCAUCUGAAAAAGUUGAAGGUGGUGCAAUAAUUUCAUCACUAAAUUAUACAUCAGAAUCUAGAACCUGUAAAUUACAAUUACAAACAAGUGAAUCAUUAGGUAGUCAAAGUUACAAAGCAUUUAAAAUUUAUAUUCUUACAUUAAAUUUACCAAUACGACCAACAUUACGUGAUCAAGGUGCUCAAUGUAGUGAAAACGAUCCAUCCAUUGAAAUAGAUGAUCCCGAAGCAGGUGUAACACGUUUAUGUGGUAAUAGUCAUGCACGUUAUUUACUUGAAACAUGUUCAAAUACAAUUGAAAUUCGAUAUAAAAAUUUAAUUGUGAAUACAGAUACAACAAAAUAUAAAGGCUUCGAAAUUUAUUUAGAAUCUAUUCAACGUAAUAAAUGUCGUCCAACACUUUCACCUUCAAUUCGAACACCACCAUUUAAUAUUACAAGUCGAAUUAUUUGUGGUUUAGCAAGUGGACGUGAAACUGUUAAUUUUGCUUGUACACCUAAUUAUGGUCUAGUCUUUUUACAAUCAUAUCAUUUUGUUACAAAAGAGCCUAAUCAAUGUAAUGUAAAUGAAUAUACAUGUUUAUAUCCAAGUAAACAACCACAAGCACAAUGUUCAGGUCAACAAACUUGUUCUUAUACUUAUCCAGUGCCACUAUUAUCACCAUUAAAUGCAUGUCAAAAUAGUCAAGCUGAUUCAACGCGAUUUUAUUAUCAAUGUUUACCAAUGAGACCAUCAUUGGAAUAUUCAACAGUCAAGUUCUGUUUUAAUUCAGAAACUUCAAAUGAGAAAGGUUUUAUUGAAACACCUGAUUAUCCAAAUACUUAUCAAAAUGGAAAACGACAAUGUUCACUAACUAUUCGAUUACCAAAAAAUAAUGAUGGUAAAAUAUAUUCUAUUUAUCUUUAUAUAAUUGGAUUAUCUUUACGUGAUACUUCAACAAUAAAUCCAUCUUCAGCUACUGAAUGUUUUGAUUCAAUAAAAUAUACUGAUGGUGAUAGAACUGAUUCUUUAUGUGGAAAAAUUGAUCAACCUGUACUAGAAUAUUAUACAAAUAAACAAGAAGUUAAUUUAACACUUAAUAUAUCAGAAGCAUUACCGUUUAGCGAAUGGAAUAAUUGGCAAGGUGCACGAUUAUUUUAUAUUAUUGGAGAUCAAUCGUUGCCAUCUCAACCAACAUCUAUAGAUGAUACAGAUAAAUCAUCAAAAGGAAAAUUGAAUCUUGGAGGUCUUAUUGCUGGUAUUGUUGUUGGUGUUUUGCUUGUAGCAGUUAUAAUUGGUUUUGUUCUUUAUCGGCGUCAUUUAUUAUUAAAAUCAAGUAUAACACCUACAGUAAAAUACGAUAAUGAUACGAUUACAGUCAAUGGUGCUACAACAAAUGAAGGAACUGAAAAACAAACUAGUACUUCAGUAGAUUUAUUAAAGGAACCAGCAACAUGA